GGGGACGCGGGGAGGGUGGGACGGGAGAGGCUCGGGGAGCGGGGCCUGCGCGCACCGGCGGGCGGAGAGGCCGUGGGACGGAGGGCUGGCGGCUCCUGCCGACGCGCUGAGGGAAGGGGGCGGCCGUGGGCGACGGCCCGCUGGUUCUGAGGCCAGCCUGGAAGCAUGUGGUUCCUCAUGCCCUUCGACAGCCUGGUCUGUACCCUGCUGGGCAUCUCGCUGACCGUCUGGAUCACCCUCCUGCUGGUCUUCAUCAUCGUGCCUGCCAUCUUCGGCGUCUCCUUCGGCAUCCGCAAGCUCUACAUGAAAACCCUCCUCAAAGUUUUUGAGUGGGCGACUCUGCGAAUAGAAAGAGGAGUCCGGGAGAGAAAACACCUGAUCUAUAAGACUAACUCUAAUGGUAUUAUAGAGAAGGAGCCCACAUCUCUGGAGGAGGAAAUAAAGCAGAUGAGACGGAGUGGGAGCAACAGAGCCCUGGACAGUUGGGAGUUUGAAAUGUCUGAUAUCUUCUACUUCUGCAGGAAGGGUGUCGAGACCAUUGUGGAUGAUGAAGUAACAAAGCGAUUUUCUGCAGAGGAAUUAGAAUCUUGGAAUUUGUUGACAAGAACAAAUAAUAAUUUUCAAUACAUUAGCCUUCGUCUGACUAUCCUUUGGGGACUGGGUGUUUUUGUACGAUACUGCUUUCUACUUCCACUGAGGGUUACCCUGGCUAUUACUGGCAUUAGCUUGUUGGUGAUUGGAACAACCAUUGUGGGAUAUUUACCAAAUGGAUGGUUGAAGGACUUUCUGAGCAAGCAUGUACAUUUGAUGUGCUACAGGAUCUGUGUGAGAGCACUGACUGCUAUUAUACAUUAUCAUGACAGUGAAAACAGACCCAAAAAUGGAGGUAUAUGUGUUGCGAAUCACACUUCUCCAAUUGAUGUCAUCAUUCUGGCUAGUGAUGGCUUCUAUGCUAUGGUUGGGCAGAUUCACAGUGGGCUGAUGGGAGUCAUUCAGAGAGCCAUGGUCAAGGCUUGUCCACACAUCUGGUUUGAGAGAUCAGAAGUCAGAGAUCGCAAUCUAGUUGCAAGAAGGCUGAGUGAACAUGUAAGAGACCAGGUUAAACUUCCGAUUUUAAUAUUCCCGGAAGGAACUUGUAUCAACAAUACCUCUGUUAUGAUGUUCAAGAAGGGCAGUUUUGAAAUUGGAGCUACUGUCCACCCUGUUGCCAUCAAGUAUGAUCCUCUGUUUGGAGAAGCCUUCUGGAAUAGCAGCAAGUAUGGAAUGGUGAACUACCUGCUGAGGAUGAUGACGAGCUGGGCAAUUGUCUGCAGUGUCUGGUAUCUGCCGCCAAUGACACGCGAGGAAGGUGAAGAUGCAGUACAAUUUGCUAAUCGUGUGAAAGCUGCAAUUGCCAGGCAAGGUGGUCUUGUAGAUUUACUGUGGGAUGGUGGCCUCAAAAGAGAAAAGGUGAAGGGCACGUACAAAGAGGAGCAGCAGAAGCUCUACAGCAGGACGAUAGUGGGGAGCCACAAAGACCGAAGCCGAUCCUGAAAUCUCUGCCGGACAGCCCAUUCCACUGCCAGUCUGGGGAUGUCAGCUGACGUACCUUUGGCUGUGUUUCAGGCCCAUAAUAAACUAAAGGGCUAGAGGCUCUCCAAGUACUUUUUUUUCCGUCUUAUUGAGGAAUUUAAACCUUGGUAUCAUGCAGUGGAAAGAAAUCUGCUGAGACCUGGACUGUCUGCGUCAGGAAACGGACAUGGAAAAUGUCCAUUAACAAUGUGUCUGUGACUGGGGUUGGGGUAGAGUAAUGUACCAAGGAUGAAAGGGAUUGUGCAGCUGGUGCGGGUUAUGCCAAGCCCACUUUCUGACCAAUUGGGACAUUUAGCCAUAGUCUUGUGUUUUAGCUCACAUGGUCACGGGAGCAUUUCUGUUAUGGAGGGCAGCUCAAAGGGUGAGAACAGGAAAGGAAGAGAAAUACUAAACCUUUGGACAACUAAUGGAAGAAGUGUGUUGAAGAGACUCUCUGAUGCAUAUGUACUCAUUGUAGUUUGACACCUGUUUAAAGAUAUGUACUUGCAUGCCAUUGUUUAUUUUAUGCCCUUUAAAAACUUUACAUAGACUUGUCUUUGUCAUUGUAACCAGGAAAGAGAAAAUGAUGUUGUCUCUUCCACACAGUUGGCCUGACUGCAAACAGAUGUGAAGGAAACUUGUUUUUGUACUUAGUUUGCUUCGCUCAUACAGAAGACUUGAGGGGAAAUCUCCAGUAUAAUAAGGGAGGUCUCCUGUGUACAUGCGUCAGUGCUGUUCCUUGAUGAUUUUUCUGUUCUUGGAAGCUUAUCCUGCUAUUCUGUUUUACAGGGGGCAUUACUACUUGUGUGUAUUUCAGAAAUGUGCCCUUAAGCAAAAGUUUUCCAAUUUCAGCUUAACAUUGAUUUUUGUCUGUCUCCCUUUCAAAAUUUGGAAGCUGCCUUGAAAUCAUCUACUGACAUAAUUCUCGGUGUUUGGUUUUAUUAUUGGCAGGGCCCAUGUUUUUGAUAUCUCUUCAAGUGUUUCAUGUCACAUUCUGUGAAUCAAACUGAAAUAGAUUAUGGUGGGACCUUGUGAGGAGUUUAAGUUGAACCAUUCAAGAUUAGAUAAGAAUAUUUACAGACAUUUCUGUCAGGUGUCUUAGAUUUUUGCAGGAUUGUGCUGUUAGAUUUGGCCUCAGUUUCUCUCCCAAAAUACUGUGCUGACAGCAUACUGCAUAGUGGUGGAUAUGUUCAUUGGAGUUUUCUGCUGGUCACUCCUCUUGUGGUCAAAUGUAUCUGUGGUGGUGAGGUGGUUUCUGCCCUUGCCACUUACUGGACCAGUCUGGACGAGCGUGGGGGGACUCAGUUGAAACAUAAGAUCCUGAGGGUGGAUAUGGAGAGAAUGUGUCCUGUUGUGGGGCAGUCUAGAAUUGAGUGCUCCAACGUUCAAAAUUGAGGAGUUGCCCAUUUUAAGAAAGAGGUGAGGUGAUUUUUUUCCUCUGGGUCCUGAGACUUGGAAACUUUCAUCCUCAAAAGGUAGAGGAACAGUCUUUGUGUAGAGGUAGGGAGAUUCUUGAUAAGUGCGAAGGUGAAAGGUUACUGUGAAUAGACAGUGUGGAAUUGAGGUUACAUUCACAUCAGUGAGCUUCUGAAACGGUGGAGCAGGCCUGAGGGGCAAGUUGCUGCUCUGCUGCUGACUCUGCUGUGUUACAUGUAGGUCCAGGUGUGUCAGUGGUGUAACUACCAAGGACCUGGUGGUGAAUGUUUAAAUGCAUUCUGUGUUUACUUCCCAUGUCGUUUUCUUUAAGUUAAAUGUGGCCAAGUAAUGGUGGAUGGAUGGUGUGUAGAGCUAAUUAACGACAUUCUUGGCGUGUGUUUAACUGUGUCCUGAGGUACCUGACGGAAGGACCACAGGGGUAUGCACGCUAUUACUGUGCUGGGAUCGCUUACCAUGUCUCCUGGACACGAUCAGAAGCUAACAACUGGGCAUAUGACAAGAGGUGAACUCGUCUAAAGCUGCAACGUGUUUCAUGGUGAAAUAAUUCUGGCCAGUCUCCAGGCACUGUUGUUUAUAACAUUGAAUUAGAAACAAAGUUUCUAUGCCUGGAUGAUGCUGGCAAUGUGAUGGCACGUGCUGGAGAAUAAUGGUGGAGGAAGCUGGGGGCUUGCUGAAGAAUGAGACAAGUUUGUUGCUAAUUUGUCCUUGGGGUAACAGUUAAUGAGGACAACUGUGUUCAGGCCGCCAGAGUUUUUGUCUUGGAUUGAAACCUGCUUGUUACCUGGAUUUAUCCAAGAUCUCUCAUUGUUUUGAUUUUCUACCAUAAUUUUAACCCCCUUUUUAUGAGUCUGAGUUCCUGCAACAAUCCAGAGUUCACAGCUGAGCUGCGAUUUGUUGAACAAUUUCACUGAUUGAUUAAAAUGGGUUUAGAGCUUUGUUUCCAAUCCAAUGUUAUAAACAACAAGCUACUGUGCCUGGAGACUGACAAAAGAGGUAAUGUGGUAGUGGGCUUGGAACUAGAAGCUUGGCAUCUUCAAGAUCAGGAAAGGAGAAAGUUACUAAAAAGAAGACAAUUGGGCAAAAUUUUGACAAUGUGGGCUGGGGAAGUUAGUGUUGAUGUGAAACAAAGUUCAGACCCUUCAGGUAGCAACACAACUCUGAUGGUUUUAAUUUUAUUUCUAUAGAUAUUCAUAAUGAAAGGAAAUACAUGAAACAUGUUGCAGCUACAGAUGGAGAGUUCACCUUUUGUCAUUUGCCCAGUUGUUAGUUUCUGAUCACAUCCAGGAGACCAUGUAAGCAAUCCCAGCACAAGGGCGGAACCUUCAGGCUUCACGAAUGGAUUCUUGCCCUCUGUUGCACUGGAUUCUGUGUCUAUUUGUACUGAGUUAAAGAGUUGCAAGAACAGAGCCAGUCUGGGACAGCAUGAGAGUGACGCUGCAUCUGCUUGCUUCCACUAACCAUUGCUAGAAAGAAGUGAACAUAUUUGAUGUUAAAUGCAAAAUAACUUUCAAUGAUGAAACAGUGUUGCUGGCAACAGUGGAACUGUAGCCCAGAGUCAUUCAGCUGAUGUCCCAGGGAGGCUGAGCGGAGGAAUAGAAGCCCAAUGCUUUUUGUCUUUAAGGUUGCCUUCUGGGAGAGAAAAUGCUGAGUGCAUGUACAUGUACAAACCAGUUCAUUACUGAAAAUUGUAAUAAAGGGAACUGGGUAAUUCUUGAACUUUGGAAUUAAGUUGAUGGGAUAAGGAGGCAUGAAAAGCAAUUAUUUAUUGGUUUACAAACUCUAACAGAUAAUUGUCAAUUAUUUUGCACUUUGAACUGCAUUUUUCUUUUUGUUUAAGAAAUAUCUUGUGCAUUUGUGACUUCUUUACCUGUUUCUGUCUGGAACAAAGGUUCACACAGAUAAAGGAGGCUCAUGAAGCACUGAGGGCUGCACUCUUGUGUGACCUCGUUACUUCAUGGAAUGACCCCACAACAUUCUUCUUUGUUUUAUAUUAAGUUUAGAAUAUAAGUUUGUACUCCUGCUGCCCUUUAUGUGGAUGUAUUUAUUGGAAUACACAUCACAAAGGAGACAUCCACCCCAGUGCAGGUGUUUGAGCAGAAUUUGAGUCUCUGUAAUCUAACGCUCCUGGCAUUAGCCCAUUCACUUUUCCCUCGGGCGUAUGUAACCUCCUCUUGCAGCAAUUUCUGUGUUGGGGAAAUUUCCUCUGAAUGGCCCAAAAUAAAAAAAACUGCAGCAACUGAAAAUCCUGAAGAAAGUACGAAAUGUUGGAGAGACGCAGCAAGUCAGGCAGCAUCUGUGGGGACAAACACAGUUAAUGUGAUCAAAAUUAAUGUGUAAUCAAAACAGAUGGAAGGUCACUGACCUUAAACAUUAACUGUUUACUCUCUCCAGAUGUUGCCUGACCUACGGAGUAUCUCCCCAGGUAUUUCAGAAUCAGGUUUAUUAUCACUGACAUAUGCCAUGAAAUUUGUUUUGCUGCAGCAGGGCAGUGCAUUUGUUUAACAUAAAUUAUGCUAUCUACUUCUCAGUUCUGUCCCUCCAGAAACAAACCCUAAUGCCUGGUUUGUGGCUUCAGUUAAUGAAUUUAUUGGCAUACGUUGUUCCUUAAGUAAUCUGUAUUCUGAGAUUUAUUUUCCCCUCUCUCCUUUUCAGAUUCUUAUUUUCCUAUGUGCCUGCCUUUGCUUACCAAAAUACAUAGUCCCAUCUACGAGCUGAGUAAUUUAUUGUGUUCCUCCAAAUUAUUAACUACCCUCAUUUAGUUCAAGUGCAAAAUUAGAAAAUGUUCAUUUUCAAAGUCUAAGUAGUGAGUAUAAAUUGUGAAGCCCCCUUUUCAUCAACACAUCAGAAAUAGAAGCAGGAAUAUACCAUUGGCCUCUCAUAACCGUUUAAUAUCAGCCAAUUUUUAUCUCAGCACCACUUUCCUACACAAACCCCAUAUCUUUUAUUCCUUUAAUAGCUAAACGUAACCUUUUAUCGCUGUGAACAGCUGCCCUUUUACCAUGCCUUGUCAGCGAAUGUUCAGUACUGCAAAAAGCUGCAAAUGUGAAGUGUGAACAGAAAAUGUAAAUCCCAGUGUUUGUAGAGAGAGGGACAGAGUGAAUGAUUUUGGUAAAUGAUUCCAGUUCUCUCUAAUGGUCAUUGCCUGUAACUUUAACUCUUUCUUUCUCCACGGUCGCUGCCUGAGCUGAGGAAUAGUUCCAGCAUUUUCUGUUUUGCGUUUGAAUCUUAACCUUGGAAGCAAAGCACAAUGAAGUAAAUUCAUAGAACACAGAAAAAAGAACUGGAAUACAGAAUUAAUGAAACUAUAAAAACAGUGGCACAAACAGUGGUUUCGUUGACAAUUCCUUCCCUCCCACAGAUGCUGCUCAACCUGCUGUGUUCCUCCAGCAGAUUGUUUAUGGCACAACCUGCUGACUCACAGCUCCAGAGACCUGGGUUCAAUCCUGAUCUUGGCUGCGGUCUGUGUGGAGUUUACAGUUCUCCAUGUGAAUGCAUAGUUUUCCCCCAGAUGAUCUGGUGACCCUAAAGACAUGUGGGUUGGUGGGUUAGUUGGCUGCUGUACGUUGCCCCGAGUGUACAGGUGAGUGAUAGAAUCUGGUGGUGUUGAUGGAAACAUGGGAAGAAUGAAAUGGCAUUAUUGUAAAUGGGUGCUUGAUGGUUCGCACAGACUUGGGCUGAAGGACCUGUUCCCAUACAGACUCUUGAUGCGGGGUAUCGACCCAAAAUGUCAAUUGUCCCUUUGCCUCCACAGAUGCUGCUCGAUCUGCAUCUGCCGAGUUCCUCCACAGUUUGUCUUUUGCUUCAGGUUCCAGCAUCUGCAGUCUCUUGUGUUUCCUGUAUGACUCUAUUACAUGUGGUGGAACAUCUCAGAAGGUCUGGUCAUUGGAUUAAUACUCAAGAACCAUGAUCUUUCUAGAAACCAGGUGAAACGGGCUUUAGUCUGCUGGACCUUAUAAGAGUUGUAGGGGACUUGAUUGAAACAUAAAAGACCCUGAGGGUACCUGGUAGGGGUCACUGCUGCCUGGUGGACCAUAAACUUUGUGUUGGGUUUGAGUCUUGAUUUUCAAAUGCUCUAUCCCUUGAAUGGCCAAUAUCUGUCCUUGUGCACUGAAGACCACAGUGAAUUUCAUUGUCGAUGUCUGCCGUUGUUGAGAGACGGCUCCCAAGAUAAGAGGAGUGAUUCACGUUUUCCAGGGUGGUGGUGUGGGCCAUGAUUGCUGGAGGGGUGAUGUUGUACAGUGGGGACAAGUUGGUGGCCGACCUUUGUGAUGUUCUGUGUAAGGCCCUUGUAUUCGGUAAUAACUUGAAGCUCCAACAUGCACACAUGCAAGUGUCACCUGCGGACUGCAGCUCUGUGGCUGAAGUUGGGGUGACCGUGGUUCUGGAGUGGAGGGUGAUGUAGUUUGAACAAGUUACUCGUUUGUCCUGUAGUACUUAAUCUUUAAAGAAUCACAUGGUAUUGCAUUGUGACUGUCUCUUAACUGUAUCAAGAAACCAAGCUGACGUGUCAUUGUAGCGAGUGCCAACCAGUUGUGAAGAAGACUAAGUUAAAUUAAAAUUCUAGAGUUUUCAUGAAAAAGGAAAUUUGAAAGUAAACAUUUCACAAUAUUUUAAGUUGCAUACAGCUUGUGUUAUAGGAGCUUGUGUAGAACCAACCCAGUGCUUAAUAAGUCUCCAGCCAUACACACUGUCAGCAGGUGAAAGCUGCCACAUGAAUCCUGUACCCAGCCUCGGGCUCAGAGCUGACAGGCAGAGUAAGUCGUCCCAUCUCUGAUACAGACUCUGAACUGCAGGGAGAAUCCCAAACUUAAACAAGGCACAACACCUAAAGUUGCACGUAUCACAGUUGAAAGUCAAUGGAAAGGAAUGGGAAAAAAUUUUUUAAAGAAUAGAGCGGAUUUGCUGGAAAGUUUUACUGAGUCUGGUUAACUGUAACUUAAGAGUCGGGUUCAGCUCAGACCUAUAGUCCUUCCAUAGACUGGAAAGUUAAUCCACUCCUCUCCAGCUGCGGAUAGUUCCCCAACUGUGGUGUCUGUCCAGCUUCUUCUGUUAGAUUGCCAUAUUUUGAGUGUGUGAUAUAUUUUGCUUUCUGAAAUAAAAGGCGUUUUAACAGCUUCAAGUUA